AUGGCGCCAAUGUCGAAUCCAUGUUUGAAACGGCUGGCGUUACUAACCUUAGAUUCGGUGGGAUCCGGUUCAGAUUCCUCAUCUUGUCGUCAUGGUGACGGUUCCUCUUGCGGGGCAUCGGGUCUUGGGCUGCAGCCACAGGGAGCUUUAUUAGCAAUGGUUGCUAUGGCUGCCUCUACAUAUUUCUUUUUGAAUUCCUUCUCAUACCAUGACAUGACUCGCAAUAAUCUUAGAGGCACACCAGGACCCAAAGUUGCACAUGGGAUCAUCAAGAAAAACGAUGGUUCGUCAAGGAGUUUGCUUGCUAAAGAUCUUACAAAGGUAAACGCUACUGAAGUUCGCGCUAAUAAAGCUAGUUUCUUGAAGCCAAUAAUGAUGCUUGGCCAAAACAAAAAUUAUCUGGACAUGAUUCCGGAUCUCGGUUUUGGAAGCAUGCUUAGUGAUGGUUUUGUUUUCCGACAAAACUUUCAAAUCAGAUCAUAUGAAGUUGGGUCAGACCAAGCAGUUACUAUAGAAACCCUUAUGAAUCUAUUGCAGGAAACAUCCAUAAAUCAUUUGAAGGCAAUUGGAGUAUGGGGUGGUGGCUCUGGUUUAACACGAGAGAUGUGCAAGAUCAAGAACCUAAUCUGGGUGAUGUCAAAGCUGCAAGUGGCAGUGGAUCGUUAUCCAAUAUGGGAUGAUGUUAUUCAAAUUGAUACUUGGAAAGGUGCCUAUGGGAAAAUUGGAAUAUGCUCCAAUUGGACGAUUUGUGAUGCCAAAACAGGCGAGAUAUUACUAACAGCCUCGUGUAUUUGGUUAAUGAUGAAUGAAGAGACAAGAAGGUUAUCCAAAUUCCCAUAUGAAGUUCGAAGUGAAUUAGACGAACACUUAACAAAUGUUACACUGCCCGUGGUCGCUAGAAAAUGGUGUAGGUCCCUUUUUCACGGAGGAUAA